UAGUGCUUGAAAUGGUUUCGUCCACGUGCCCUCAUAACCAGCUCGGGUAAACGACAGACCUUUAAAAAACGGAGACGAGCAUUAUUCAACGACGACGGAUCGGCACUUUAGAGUUGAGCUUCUUCGGUUAACGGUCUCCUUCUGUGGAGACUCGGAGGAGCUGCAACCCCAAGAUGCCUCUCAACGACGAGCGGCCCGACGGGGAGGACCGGGGCGCCGAGCCGUCGACCAGCGGCCUGGGCGGGUCCCGUGAAAGCCUCGCUGCCGACCACGCCGCCAAAAACCGCUCCCCUUCCGCGGGCUCCUCCAACACCGUGGAUGGGGUCAAUGAGUCCACCAGGGACCUGUUCAAUCUGCACUUUGCCCAUGAGAUCAUUGUGAACCCCAGCUUCCAUUUACAACCAGAGCUCCUACCUCAGGGCAGUUUAUGGAAGAUGGUUAAAGAUAAUCUGCACAAGGCUUACUGGGACAUUCUGGAGUCGGAGCUGAACGGCGACCCGCCCGAGUAUGGGCAAGCCAUCAGGCUACUGGAGGAGGUCAGAGAGAUUUUACUGUCGAUGCUUCGCCCGGGCGCCAAUCGGCUGCGGGCUCAGAUCACGGAGGUGCUGGACAUGGACCUGAUCCGCCAGCAGGCCGACAACGACGCCGUAGACAUCCAAGGGCUCGCCUCUUACAUCAUCACAAUCAUGGGCCAGAUGUGUUCACAAAAUCGGGAUAAGGAUGUCGAGAAGCUCCGCCAAAGCCCCGACGACAUAGUGACACUGUUCAAGGAGAUCUUUCGUGUGUUGGACCUGAUGAAGGUUGACAUCGUCAACUUUACAAUCAAUGAUCUGAGGCCUGUGCUGAUGAGUCCGGGGGUUGAUUUUGAGAGGGCGACGUUCCAGAGACUCCUGGACAACAAACCCGGUGCUUUGGAGAUCACCACUUUGUGGAUCAAGUCAGCACUCGAGGAGCUGUCGUCCUCCAACGCAAAGGAACAACGUGAUGGUCAGGAAAAAGGGCCGCGGCCGCCACCCGGGCCCUUUCAGCUCCUCAACGCUGCCUUCCUCCGCAUCCUCACGUGGGACUACAAUAAGAGCCCACUGCCUGAGACCUGGAUGCAGGAUGAGAAACGUCUGCGGGAGAUUCAGUGUCAGCUCCGUCAGGGCCAGGCGGUCAACGAGGUGCUGCUCAUUAUCUACAGUACCAUUGGAGGUCCAGUCCAGGGUCUGCCCUCCCUGUCCUUCCGCCUGAUGUGGAAUAUUAGUGUGCUGCUGGAAGGGAUGCACAGCCCGGACUUUAACCUAGAAAAGGCACUAGAGAGCGUGAGUGCACAGGUCUGCUGCGAUCUCAACAAGUCUUUAACGGAGAGGGACUACCCGCCGCUAUCCCCGGCGCUGCAGGCCACCCUCACCGGACAGAUCUGCAGCAUCGCUCGGAAGGACAAUCCCAUCCGCGCCCUCGUUGAGGAUCGGGUGCAGCAGUACUUUACAGCACUCCUCUGUGAUCCUAAGUCGCAGGUCAAACAGAUACCAGCCGGCUUGAGUCCCAUCCAGAUUGAACUAGCAUCGAUAGGAGCCAAGUUCAUCUCCCUGGUUAAUCACAACCGAAGGGUCUAUGGACCUUUCUACGCGAACAUCAUCAAGAAGCUGAUGUUCAGUAGCAGUCUACCAGCAGCAAACCCUCCGCAGGACACCGCUCAGGACCCUGUCUCCUUCAAAUAAAAACUUUGACUUGUGAAGUCUUAGCAGUGUUUUUGCUACCAGACAUGGCUAAAGCUACGGGGGUACUACACCAGCAGGGCGGUGCAUCUGCUUCGCACAAGCCGGUGUCCUCCAAUGGCUGGAGUUGCCUUCAUCGGAUCGCAAGUACAGUUUCGUUUCACUAUUUUAAGCAGCCAAGAUGCUGCUGUGUAGACGACGUGCCGUGGACAUCUAAUGUUACCCUCAACCGCUGAUCAAUUCUCUAAAAUACCCUUUUAUCCCGUGUAGAUAUUUACAGCUUCAAACAGUCUUACAGCGAUCCGUUUUUUGAUCAUAAUAGUGAUCCCUACAUGGUGCAUUUGUCAGAAUCCUCUUUGUGUAGAGCCCCUUCAAACCGUAUUGUGUAAGCUUUACGAAGUAGAGAGAAAGACGUUUGUAUGUUUAGAAUAGUAGUAUAUGAAAUUACAUAUAUAUAUAUAUAUAUAUAUAUAUAUCACAAAUUAUUGACCACUGCAAGGUAACUAUAAUAUAAGUUAUUUAUGCAAAACAGAUUUCCCAUGUUAUUCAUCUUUUUGAUCCAUGUUACCAGACUUUCUUCAUAAUUGUUUGAUCCACUGGUAAAACUUGACAGCGAAAAUAAAAGUAGAGGAAAUUGGGAUUUUUUUUUUUUUUUGCAGAAAUGCAUGAGUAGCUUUGUGUUUGUCUUAUAUCACCAUGAGUGAUAUGUUGUACGUUGAUUUAAUCCCAGCCAGUGGAACUCUUGAUUUAUUUGCUGUGUCCGUUACAUGUUGAGGUCCUGUAGUUGUUACAGUUUUGCUGUGUUGGCUCUUAGAACCUGAGGGAAAACGAAUCUCCAAAGUGAUUUUGUGUCCAACAAUGUUUUCAUUGGUCCAAUCAUUCACAAAUAAAGGUGAUAUGUACUUGA